AUGGACUUCUUUAAGGACAUUGUUUCCAAAACACAGACGAUCCUGGAUGGGUCGACAUCGUCGAAGCGACUGGGAAAAGACGAACUUUUAUGCGCGGAUUUUCGGCUCCCUGAAGGCGAGCGAAUAGUGGACGAGGCGUCCGUCGAAGUGGUCCUAAGCCCUCGGCACCUGAGCCAGCCCCACUCUUCGGAGAGCUCGGUCGUUGUUUUCAGCGGAAAACUCACCUUGACAAACAACUUUCUUACAUUCAAAGAUUCCUACGAUCCUGUGGCAUGUUCAUUCGUCAUUGAGCUGCUAAUGAUACAGAAAAUUCAAAGACUUCAUCGCUCCUUCGAUUUUGCAAUUCAAUUGCACACAACCAGUGAUUUGGAGUUUACCAUACAGUUUUUGGGCAUAAAGUCACAGGCAGAGCGUUUUGGACAGAACUUGACACGGUCUCUGAAACAGAAUGUCAACGAAGUGUCGAGAAUGAAUUUAUUCUUGAUGGGACUGUAUUCCGAGUAUCUCCUUUACAAAAAUAAAUCGUCCAGACUGAAGAUAGAUGCGCCUCCAACUGGAGGGCUUGGAUGGGUGUUCAAGUUCCCUGGGAACGCGCAGAAAAUGAAUGACAGACUAAAAAUGAAAAAGUGGUUUGACUUCUUUAGAGAGUACGGACGCAAUUUCGCAUUGAUCAAAAACAUACCAUUCUACAGGCUUGUCAGUUACGGCCUGCCAAACAAGCUGCGAGGAGAAUUAUGGGAGACAUGUUGCGGGUCGAUAUACCUUCGAUACAAGAAUUUUGAUGAGUACAACAAACUGCUGGUGGACUUUGACGGUAUGAAAUCUUUUGCAAUUGAGGAAAUCGAAAAAGAUCUCAACAGGUCCCUACCUGAAUAUCCGGCAUACCAGACAGAGGAGGGUAUCAACAGGCUUCGAAGAGUGCUGACUGCUUAUUCUUGGAAGAACCCCGAUAUUGGAUACUGCCAAGCUAUGAAUAUUGUCACGGCUGCCCUUUUGAUCUACAUGUCUGAAGAACAAGUUUUCUGGUGCCUUUAUGUUCUAUGUGAGAGAAUCAUUCCAGGAUACUACUCACAGACAAUGUAUGGCGUUUUGCUUGACCAGAAAGUUUUUGAGGCUCUUGUCAAGAAGACAAUGCCUAUACUUGGAGACCAUUUUGCCAAACAGGAUAUUCAACUAUCCAUUGUCUCUCUACCGUGGUUCCUUUCAUUCUUUCUCAACACCAUGCCAUUGGUGUUUGCAUUCAGAGUUGUGGAUAUGUUGCUUUUGCAUGGCCCAAGGACGUUGUUUCAGGUUGGCCUGGCGAUUUUGAAAGUAAAUGGCGAAGCGUUGUUGAAUUGCGAGGACGACGGCGAGUGUUUAGCGGUCUUCAAAGAAUUUUUCAUGACGCUUGAUGAUCCAGAACCUUCUCUUGUGAACCCUGACAAGAUGAGAAGCAAGUUCGAUAACUUGUGGGAGGUCGCAUUUCGUGAGUUUUCCGUGAUUGACGAAAAGCUGAUUACGCAGUACCGCUCGAAACACAAAAAUGAGGUGUUCCAUGGAAUAGAGAUAUUCGUGAAGAGGGCUGCUAUUAGAAACCUGCCCAAGACUCCUAACCUGAACAACGACCAACUGUCCAACAUUUACGACCGCUACUACAAUGCUCUGAUUUCGGAGAACAAUGCUGCUAUCGGCAGAGCCAAUCUCACAAUGGACUACAACUCGUUUGUAAAAUUCAUGGCUCAUUUGGUUGACUGGGUUGAUGCCGACACAGAUCCAUCGCAGGCUCUGUUUCUACAAAGGCUCUUCACUGCAUGGUCGAAAGGCGAAGACCAUCUCACUUUGGAGACUAUCGUUCUUGGUAUCAACAAACUGAUCGACAAGGACAUCAUGAACUCACUCUCCAACUUCAUUGAGCUAUACGAUGAUGGGUCAGGCAAGAUUCGUAGUGAAUCUGUUCUGCAACUUGCAGAGGAUCUCAUUUUCGUGACAGCUCCGUGGAGAAACGGAUAUAUUUUUGACGAUAUAACCAACAAGGAGAUAGAAACCGAGAUUGCAAAGAAAAUUAUUGAACGCAAAAGAGUUCUCAAAGAACAAGGAUUAGACGCCAACGAUGAGGAAAUCAAGCUUCCGCAGGAAGUUCGUUUUAACGAGGAGAAAUGGAAGAACAAACAGAGCGAGAGAUAUCUUGCUUCCAGCUCCAAAUUCCUAAAAAUGGCAUUCCAAUAUGCUCAGGAAGAACAGGAUCCACAGGCCCCUCUCAUCGAUCUGGGAGACGACGAGUCAGAGAAACUCAAACAUAACAAGGCCCUUGAUCCUUCCAAUCCAACAUAUAUCACGCCAUCUACUUUCAGAAUGAUAAUUUUGGCGGACGACACGUACGAAUCAUUCUUCCAACAUGACUUUUGGAAAUCGUUCCAUGUCAACGAUAAAGUGAGCGAAAGCCUUGGUGUGGUGAACAACUUGCGAGGCAUCUUCACCAACUUCUUAGCCGACGGCCGCAGGGUGGCCAACGAGGUGCGCAAGAGAAUGGACGACGCUACAAAGUCGGUGGCAACAUCUGAACAGAGUUCUGUCACCACAAGAACUUCGCGGGCACAAACAAUGUCAUCAUACAAUGAAGAAGAUGAGGACGACUUUGGCAAUUUCCAGUCGCCGUUGAACGAUGUUUUCAACGAACUAUCAAUAGGCGGAACUAAAGAAACACAGGAAAGUAAGGAGAAGACUCCGGAUCAAUAG